AUGGCCGUCUUUUUUGCCAGUGCUGCUGCUGUUCUCUUCGUAUUGAGCCACAUCUACCUGACCGGAGUGGUAGUCGAAGGCGAUGCAGAUGCAUCGGCUGCCGUGUUGCAGAAGGUGUCCGCGUUUUCCAUGUCGUUUCGGGAUCCAAGAUUGGAUGAAAAGGUCGAAGAGCUGACAAUAGCGCUGAAUGUCUGGGGCGCUCGAUCUUUCAUUCAUGCUCAGCUAUGUAUCUUGGUCACGGUUGUCUUUCAUGCCUGCCUGGCUCCAACCCUGUGCUCCCUGUCUCGGCUGCUACUCUUCGGCCUGCUGUAUGCAAACAGCCAUGAGAUCAGGUUUAACAGCCACCGUCUGUCCCUUUGGAGGAUACGCACGAUGUAUUUUUCAGUGAUGGCGGUGAUGUUCGUCCGCGCUUUGCUCGCAGCUUGGAGCGAUGCACAGUACAGUGGCAUCGACCAGCUGGACCUCUUGGUUGCAAUUGGUUGUGGAGUGGCCUCCCUAUCCGUCAAAAUAGCCAGCAUCCCCUUCGUGAUGAUAUUUGUUGCUGACUCAUGGGUCCAAAGCAUGGUACAGGGCUCCGGCUGGUUUGAUAACUUCCUGACCAAUGGCUUCCGGUGCUUCACUUCAAUCUGUCUCGUCAUGCUAGUCGAACAGCUGGCUCGAGUCAUGUUGAUGUUUGAACUUGAUGCGCAGGAAGCUCUCCAAGCUCUCAGAGAUAUCGUUCGAUGCUCUGUGGAUGCAGAGGUACUGCUUGACAGCCAGUUUCGGAUUCGAGACCGGGUAACGAGUUUGGCGUUGCUCCUUCACCAUUUGCAUGACAUGACGGGGAUGUCCUUCCUGGACUUGCUUGCAGAUGACGAAACCACCCAUCAGUUCCUCGACCUGGCCCAGAAAAGCAUCCAACAAGCCUCUGGUAAGCAGGUCGCUCCAGGGGCUCGCUUGAGCUUGAAAAGGUCCUCGGGUGGUCAGGCUCGAGGGGACGUCUACGUGGUCCAUAUUCCUGACAGGUUUGGGCAGGCAAGUCGCUACCUUAUUGGCUUUGUCGAAGACCCCGAAGCCUCCGGCGUGCAGCCUUGUGAUGCGCGCCUCCCUGUGGACCGCGCUGCGGUUGCAAAGUCGGCCCGUCGUUUUCGCCUGGCUUCCUCUGCCUCAGCAUCAUCCUCGCAAUCUAGGAGGGACCGACCGAUGUCGGUGACAUCUUACAGGGAGAUUGUUGACAUUAGCUUAUUCCUUGAUGGGCAGACCGAGUGCUUCGAUAUCAAGGAAGCCAGGAUCCGGUUUACACGGUUCCCGGAUCGAUCGGGGAUGCCGACUCUUAAGCACAUGUUGAAUCCCUCGGAGUGGCAAGCAACGCUUCCGAAGUUACGCGAGGCCGUGUGGAGCGGGAUUGGCACGGGUAGUGAAUCCUUCCCACAAACCCUCGGUCCUUUGCAUAUUCGCCUUCCGGAGAUCCUGGCAGCAGGCAACCAGUUUCUUCUUGCCAGAAGCUCGCAGCUAAGACUGGUGAAAGCGGCUAACAUCAAUCAAGAGGGCACGGACCUCUCGGCGCAGCCCAUCUAUCUCUGCCUGCAGCUCUACAACUUCGUGCAGCUGGACCGUCAUGGCCGCCCUCUAGAGCUGGGGACCCUUUCUGAGUUCACUUCCGAAGGAAGGCCGAUUCAGCGAGAAGCGCCUGAGCAGUGA